AUGAAUCCUGGUUACGCCGGUCGUACCGAACUUCCAGAAAAUCUGAAAGCCUUAUUCCGACCGUGCGCUAUGGUCGUUCCAGAUUUUGCCCUGAUUUGCGAAAUCAUGUUGGUAGCCGAAGGUUUUCAAGAAGCCAGACUUUUAGCCAGAAAGUUUAUUACCUUAUACACAUUGUGUAGAGAGCUAUUGAGUAAACAAGACCAUUACGAUUGGGGUUUGCGUGCUAUUAAGUCUGUCUUGGUAGUGGCGGGCGCACUGAAGAGAGGCGACAAGCAACGACCAGAAGACCAAGUACUAAUGAGGGCUUUGAGAGAUUUUAAUAUACCGAAAAUUAUAACGGAUGAUACGCCAGUGUUUAUGGGGCUUAUUGGUGAUCUAUUUCCAGCCCUGGACGUACCAAGGAAGCGUAAUUUGGAGUUUGAAAAAAUGAUAAAAAAGACCGCAUCCGAAAUGAAACUUCAACAAGAAGAAGGCUUUAUUCUUAAAGUGGUGCAGCUAGAAGAACUGUUUGCCGUAAGACAUUCGGUGUUUAUUAUCGGAUUUGCUGGCACUGGCAAGUCAAUGGUGUGGAAAUGCUUAAAUCGAACUUAUGCCAAUCAAAAACUGAAACCGUUGUAUAGUGAUCUGAAUCCCAAAGCAGUUACCAAUGAUGAACUAUUUGGAGUCAUCAAUCCUGCAACGAGAGAGUGGAAAGAUGGAUUAUUUUCAGUGAUAAUGAGGGAUCAAGCUAAUUUAAGUGGAGAUGGACCAAAAUGGAUUGUGCUGGACGGUGAUAUUGACCCUAUGUGGAUUGAAUCAUUAAAUACUCUUAUGGAUGAUAACAAGGUCCUGACUCUUGCUAGUAACGAGCGUAUAGCCUUAACUCGUGCGAUGAGAUUACUAUUCGAAAUAGCCAAUCUACGAACAGCUACGCCGGCAACCGUUUCCAGAGCUGGAAUUUUAUACAUAAAUCCGGCCGAUCUGGGCUGGAACCCGUUCAUAGCCUCGUGGAUCGAUACUCGAACCAUACAAAGCGAAAAAGCCAACUUGAUGAUAUUGUUUGACAAAUACGUGCCGCCUUGCUUGGAGGUUGUCCAUAAAAAAGUGAAAAAAAUCACUCCCAUUUCCGAUAUAGCACAUUUAAUGAUGCUGGUGAGUUUGCUGGAUUGCUUUUUGACGCCUCAAAAUGUCCCGCCAGAUUGUCCGAAAGAAUGGUACGAAAUUUACUUUGUGUUUUCGGUGGUUUGGGCAUUCGGUUCGGCCUUGUUUCAAGAUCAAAUUAUCGAUUGGAGAAAUGAAUUCAGUAAAUGGUUCACUAACGAAUUUAAAACGGUUAAAUUCCCUAUAGGAGGCAACGUAUUCCAAUAUUAUAUCGAAGCAGAAACUAAACGGUUUGUUCCAUGGAAUGAACUGGUACCAGAUUUUGAACUUGAUAUGGACAUUCCUCUACAAUCUACUUUGGUUAACACAGCUGAAACUAGUAGAAUUCGAUUUUUCGCCGAUUUGUUAAUGUCUAUGAGAGUACCUGUUAUGCUAGUUGGUCCAGCAGGCAGUGGAAAAUCAGUUAUAAUUCAAGAAAAGCUAAAUAAUUUAACAGAAAGUUAUGCAGUGACAAAUGUGCCAUUCAAUUUUUAUACAACAUCAGAAAUGUUGCAAAAAAUACUUGAAAAACCUUUGGAAAAAAAGGCUGGAAAAGUGUAUGGCCCUCCAGGCAAUAAAACCAUGAUUUACUUCAUCGACGAUAUGAAUAUGCCCGAAGUUGACAAAUAUUUCACUGUUCAGCCUCAUACAUUAUUAAAACAAUAUAUGGACUAUCAACAUUGGUACGACAGGCAAAAAUUGACCUUGAAAGAAAUCCACAAUGUCCAAUUUAUAUCAGCAAUGAAUCCAACCGCAGGAUCCUUCACAAUAGAUCCAAGACUUCAAAGGCACUUUUGCGUAUUCGCUGUCAGUUUUCCUUCAGAAGAAAAUUGUUUGCACAUUUACAACUCAAUAUUCCAACAACAUCUAGACAAUCCACAUUUCAAAUUCAAUACGGCAGUCCAGAAAUUAUGUCCAACGUUAGUGCAAGCUGCUUUUUGGCUCCACGUCAAAGUUGGACAAUCAUUUUUACCAACCGCAGUGAAGUUUCAUUAUACGUUUACCCUAAGGGAUUUAUCCAACAUAUUCCAAGGCAUGUUAUUCACAACAGGUGCCGCUAUAACAAACCAAUCCUUAUUGAUAAGAUUGUGGAUGCACGAAGCAAAUAGGGUUUAUGGAGAUAAACUGGUUGAAAGACGUGAUAUGGAUACUUUUAAUAAAUUAAUAAUUGAAGGGGUUAAAAAAGGUUUUGAAGAAAUCGACGAGAAUGUUGUUUUUGAAAAACCUCUAAUUUACUGUCAUUUUGCGGAAGGUAUUGGAGAUCCGAAAUAUUUUCCAAUAACCGAUUUCAAUCAUUUAAGUCACUUACUCCACGAAGCUCUCAACGGCUACAACGAUCUAGUAGCAGCAAUGAAUUUGGUACUCUUUGAAGACGCCAUGUAUCAUGUUUGUAGAAUAAACCGUAUUUUGGAAGCCCCUAGAGGCAACGCAUUACUAGUAGGAGUUGGAGGUUUUGGUAAACAAUCUUUAACGAGAUUAGCUGCCUUCAUUUCCUCAUUCGAAGUAUUCCAAAUUCAAUUGAAAAAAGGCUAUUCUAUGGUCGACAUGAAAGCUGACAUUGCUACUUUGUACAUGAAAGUUGGCUUGAAAAGUGUGGGUAUUGUUUUCCUGAUGACUGACGCUCAAGUACCUGAUGAAUCUUAUUUAGUUUUGAUCAAUGACGUGUUGGCUUCUGGUGAAAUAAGCGAACUUCUAGCAGAUGAAGAUGUUGAAAAUGUUUUAAGCGCCAUGCGUGGUGAAGUAAAAAGUAUUGGUUUACAAGACACCAGAGAAAAUUGCUGGAAAUUUUUCAUCGACAGAGUCAGAAGGCUUUUGAAAAUUGUUUUAUGUUUUUCACCUGUCGGCUCUACUUUGCGGGUGCGUGCCAGGAAAUUUCCAGCUCUCGUGAAUUGCUCCUCAUUAGAUUGGUUCCAUGACUGGCCUAAAGAAGCUUUAGAAUCCGUAUCGAAAAGGUUUUUGGCCGAAAUUGAGGUUUUGCCACCCAAACUAAUCAAUUCUGUAUCACUAUUUAUGUCCUACGCACACGGUGUUGUAAAUAAUUUUUCGGAAAUUUAUUUGCUAAACGAAAAACGCUACAACUACACAACACCGAAAUCGUUUUUGGAACAAAUCGAUUUAUAUCGCAAACUAUUAACAGACAAAACUGAAAGUAUUCAUAGUAAUAUUACAAGAUUGCAAAACGGCUUGACCAAAUUGGCAUCUACCUCAGAAGAAGUCGAUGGACUUAAAGAUGUUUUGGCAGUCCAAGAAGUCGAAUUAGGUGAAAAAAAUGCUGCAGCUACUGCUCUAAUUGACGUGUUGACAGUUGAAAAUGAAAAAGUGGCUAAAGAACAAGCGAUUGCCAGUGACGAAGAAGGCAAAGUUCGUCUCAUCGAAGAGGACGUGUCAGUUAAAGCAAAAAUUUGCGCUGAGGACUUAGCUAAAGCCGAACCUGCCCUAGUAGCCGCUCAGCAAGCUUUAAACACAUUGAAUAAAAACAAUCUGACCGAAUUAAAAUCAUUCGGUAGUCCUCCCGAAGCAGUUGUAGCUGUAUGCGCAGCAGUUUUAGUAUUAUUUUCCAAAAAAGGAAAAAUCCCCAAAGAUAGAAGCUGGAAAGAGUGCAAAAUUAUGAUGAACAAAGUCGAUCAAUUUUUAAACGAUCUGAUUUAUUAUGACAAAGAAAAUAUGCAAGCGGAAGUUGUCAAAGCAACAUUGGAAUAUUUGAAAGAUCCCGAAUUUAAUGCUGAAAAAGUCAUGACUAAAUCAGCUGCAGCUGCUGGUCUUUGCGCUUGGGUUAUAAAUAUUCUCAAAUUCUACGAGGUGUUUGUUGUGGUUGAACCCAAAAGAAAAGCUUUGGCCGCAGCUAACAGAGAACUAUCCGAAGCUAGAGGAAAAUUGGCUGAACUUAAAGUAAAACUAGAUUUAUUAGAACAGCAGCUAGGGGUUUUAAGAGCUGAGUUUGAGGAAGCCACCAAUGCUAAACUCAAAUGUCAAGCUGAAGCUGAUGCUACUGCUCAAAUGAUUGACUUAGCCAAUAGGCUUGUAAACGGCUUAGCUUCAGAGAAUAUCCGUUGGAGGCAACUUAUCAAAGACUACACUGCAUCCAUCAAUACAGUACCAGGAGAUAUUUUACUCGUAACAGCAUUUUUGUCGUAUUUAGGAUGUUUCAUGAAAAAAUAUCGAACCGAUAUGUUGGAAAAGUAUUGGAGGCCUUUUUUCAAAACUUUAGAAAUACCAAUUCCGAUGACUCCAGACUUGGAUCCUAUGACUUUAUUGGCAGACGAUGCAAAGAUUGCUCAAUGGAAUAAUGAAGGAUUGCCGACUGACAGAAUGUCUGCGGAAAAUGCUAGCAUAUUAACUAAUUCGAGUAGAUGGCCUUUAAUGAUUGAUCCACAACUUCAAGGAGUUAAGUGGAUUAAAACUAAAUAUGGAGAUGAUUUAAAAGUAGUAAGGACUACACAGAGAACUUAUUUAGAUGCGAUUGAGGAUUGUAUUACUAAAGGCACAAUUAUUUUAAUAGAAAAUAUUGGAGAGACUUUGGAUGCGGUAUUGGAUCCAGUUUUGGGAAGAGUUUUGAUUAAAAAAGGCAAAGUUAUUAAAAUUGGAGAUAAGGAAGUGGAUUAUGAUCCAAAAUUUCGACUAAUAUUGCAUACAAAACUGGCAAAUCCUCAUUAUAAGCCCGAAAUUCAAGCGCAAACGACUUUAAUUAAUUUCACUGUCACUCGUGAUGGUUUAGAAGAACAAUUACUAGCUGAAGUUGUCAAAGCUGAACGUCCCGAUUUGGAAGCUCUAAAGUCUUCAUUGACUAAACAGCAAAACGAUUUUAAGAUUACGUUGAAGACUUGUGAAGAUAAUUUGCUCUAUAGAUUGUCAUCGGCGACUGGUAAUAUUUUGGGCGAUGUCGAAUUGGUAUUGAAUUUGGAAACUACCAAAAAGACUGCCAAUGAAAUUGCUGUCAAGGUUGAGGAAGCUAAAAUAACUUCUGUAAAAAUUGAUGAAGCUCGAGAGCAUUAUAGGCCUUGUGCUGCGAGAGCCUCACUUUUGUAUUUUAUCUUGAACGAUUUGUUUAGGAUUAAUAUGAUUUAUCAAUUUUCUUUGAAGGCUUUUAGUGUGGUUUUUAAAGAUGCUUUAAAAAAAGCCACACCGGCUGAAAAACUGAAAGACAGAGUAUUUAAUUUGCUGGAUAAUAUCACAUUUUCGGUAUAUAUGUAUACAUCUAGGGGGCUAUUUGAGUGCGACAAGUUAAUAUUCAUGGCACAAAUGGCUUUUCAAAUAUUUAUUCAAUUGGGCGAAAUAAAUGCCGAAGAAUUGGAUUUCUUAUUGAGAUUUCCUGUCAUAGCUAACUUAUCGUCGCCAGUGGAUUUUUUGAAUAAUAUAUCGUGGGGCGGUAUCAAGGCUUUAUCUUUAAUGGACGAAUUCAAGAGUAUCGAUAAAGACUUGGAAGGAUCGGCUAAAAGGUGGCGUAAGUUUGUGGAAAGCGAAUGCCCGGAAAAGGAAAAAUUUCCUGGAGAAUGGAAAAAUAAGACAACUUUGCAACGAUUGUGUAUCAUGAGGUGCUUACGGCCAGACAGAAUGACAUACGCAGUGUCACUUUAUAUUGAGGAAAAACUGGGAACCAAAUAUGUAAUAGCCAGGAGUGUGGCAUUUGAAAAAUCUUACGAAGAAACCAGUGCAGCGACGCCAGUUUUCUUUAUUUUAUCACCAGGAGUUAAUCCGUUAAAAGACGUUGAAGCCAUGGGCAAAAAAUUAGGAUUUACGUUUGACGCGGCCAACUUCCAUAGCGUAUCUUUAGGUCAAGGACAGGAAGUUGUUGCGGAAGGCGCUAUGGAUUUAGCGGCGGAAAAAGGUCAAUGGGUUAUAUUGCAAAAUAUUCAUUUGGUGAUGAAAUGGUUGGCUACUUUAGAAAAAAAGAUGGAACAAUGCUCUGAGAUAGGUCAUCACAAUUAUAGAUUAUACUUGAGCGCCGAACCAUCUGGCGAUCCCCAUUCCUGCGUGAUCCCUCAGGGUAUAUUGGAGUCGUCGAUUAAAAUAACUAACGAACCGCCGACGGGGAUGCACGCCAAUUUGCACAAGGCUUUGGACAAUUUUAAUCAGGAAACAAUGGAAAUGUCUUCGAAAGAGGCGGAAUUCAAAGUGAUCCUUUUCGGCCUCUGCUAUUUUCACGCGGUGGUAGCCGAACGCAGGAAAUUCGGUCCGCAGGGCUGGAAUCGGAAUUAUCCGUUCAACGUUGGCGAUCUGACGAUCAGCGUGAGCGUACUGUUUAAUUAUUUGGAGAGCAAUAACAAGGUCCCGUGGGAAGACUUGCGCUAUCUAUUCGGAGAAAUAAUGUACGGCGGCCACAUAACUGACGAUUGGGACAGAAGACUGUGCCGAAGCUAUUUACUCAACUACAUGCAGCCAGAAUUGAUUGAAGGAGACCUUCAAUUCGCUCCAGGUUUUUUUGCUCCGCCAAACACCGACUACAUAGGAUAUCAUCGUUAUAUUGAUGACAGGCUUCCGCCUGAGAGUCCCUAUUUAUACGGUUUACAUCCGAAUGCAGAAAUUAUGUUUUUGGCUAGUACUUCCGAAAAUAUGUUCAGAACAAUCUUUGAAAUGCAACCGCGCGAUUCCAGUGCUGCUGCCGGUGGAGGAAUGUCCAGAGAAGAAAAGGUUCACAAUACUCUAGAAGAAAUCUACGACAAAUUACCAGAAGAAUUUCCUGUACAAGAGAUGAUGGCUAAAGUAGAAGAACGUACUCCCUACAUAAUUGUAGCUUUUCAAGAGUGCGAAAGAAUGAACACGUUAACUAGAGAAAUGAAACGUUCGUUGCACGAAUUGGAUCUCGGACUCAAAGGCGAACUAACGAUCACAUCCGACAUGGAGGAACUAGAAGAGUCGCUUUUUAUGGACGCUGUUCCUGAGUCUUGGUCAGUGAAAGCUUAUCCUAGUUUGUUACCACUUGGACAAUGGGUCGGAGAUUUAAGCUUAAGAUGGGAUUUUCAAUUGAACAGUAUCGCAGAUUCUAAACUUAAAGAACUCUUCCCCGUAGUUCCAGUCAUUUUCAUAAAAGCCAUUACGCAAGACAAACAAGAUCUGCGUAACAUGUAUGAUUGUCCUGUAUAUAAAACCAGGAUGCGAGGACCCACUUUUGUAUGGACGUUCAACUUGAAAACCAAAGAGAAAGCUUUGAAAUGGACGCUUGCUGGCGUUGCUAUCCUGUUACAAGUUUGAUAUGUGAAUAACGUUGUGAUAUUUGUUGUUAUUUAUUUGUAUUGUUUUGUUUUGAAUAUAUCUUUUAAAGUUG